AUGAUCGAUCAUAACGAACCGCCAAGAAGCGAUACUGAUGAAAUAAUUUUUCCGAUGAUUGAAUAUGGAACUGAAGAAGCUGAAUUCCACAUUAGGAAUAACGCUACGAACCCUUUCCAGCGGUCUCAGGUCAUUCAAAGAACUGGCCGUGGCGUUGCUAUACAAUGCAAUCUGAUUGAUGUCGUUCAUGGAGCUAUAUCGGCAGACAGUGAUUACUGGGCCACGAUUCUCGUUUUCCAGUUCAGGUUCGACCCUGAGAAGAAUGCACGACGUAUUGCUCGAGCACAAAUUGACUUGAGCUUCGAUUCUGUGGAGGUUGAUGCAAGGAUUCCAGAAGUCGACUCUAUCUCUUUUGACGGAAACUACAGCUUUUCACCCAGCCAGGAAUCUGUUUCUUUUACCAGAGGCGGAGAAGGAAGUAUCGGUACCAGUUUUGGCGCCAAUCUUAACACAUCUCUCAAAUGGGAGAAGGCUGUUAGCCAUGAGACAAGCCAUGCUGCCACUAUUAGUGGUAGAAAGUACCUCGACGAGCGCGAUAAUCUCACCCGAAAAGUUCAAUGGACUCUAUUAGAGAACGACAGUCAGAAGAAGGGCGUACCUGCUUCAAUCCAGGUUGCUGUUAGAGUAAAAAGGAUGGACGAAGCUGUGUUUGCAUGCCAUAUGAAGCUGGCCUGCAAAGCGGACAAACGAACGGCGAUGCAAAACUUCUUUGGAGGAAUGCCGAAAGACGACCCUAUCUUGCUGAAGCCUGCACAACCAUCUAAAAACAGACUUAUGAAGUACGAUGUUGAAGAGCUGGGAGCUGUGGACUUGGACAAAUUGGGCGCUGUCACCCCCACAACAAUGUUACUGGAUACGCAGUAGAUACCUAUUUGGGAGAAUGUUGGGACUGUAGUAAGAUUAACUUCCGUAUGACAAGUCUAUCAAGUUUUAUCCUGUG